UUGAGCAACUAACCCAGUUGCGUAACAACAUUGUAGUUGGAUUUCUUGUCAUCAACAUAAUGUGGAUCAUUGUCAUCACGUUGUUGGGCUACCAUGCCAAACUUACCGUUUUGCGAACGAACGCACUCGGACUAGCGUUCCUCAUCGUGUACGGCUCGAUUUUCUGCAUCCAAUUCCUUGCUCUUAUAUGGCACCGUCUGAUCACCAUUAUUCAACUAGUGGCUCGAGGAGUCGAGAGCGGUACUCAAAAAAACCUUUGUACAGAGGGCAACCUUAGUGUUCAAGUGAUGAGAAAUGAGGACAUCGAGGCGUCAGUCAACUGUCAUGAUGGAGAUGUAGUUGAUGGCGGAAUACGCAGCACAAGCAAGAGGGUAAAGAAGAGGCAAGACAAUAAUGAAAGGCAGCCGUUACUGAGUGCAUCCAACCGCAGCCAUGAACACAGUUGAAUAAACGAGUAAUAGUAUCUGCAAGAUAAAAGCUGCGGUAUGGAAUCAACCAACAAAGUCUUUGACAAUUUUGUGAGCUAAGAGUCAGUUUCAUUGGGUUUUUUAAGCAUGUUUAUACAGUCUGUGUGCUUAUAUUUCCAUUGGUUAGCACUAGUACUAAAUACAUAACGUUCCAUUUUUAAUGCAUAUAAUAUAUUAUUUGAUGUUGUA